AUGGCUACGGUUCUGGCUCAGAGUCCAGGCUCAUCAUCGAUCUUCCGAGAAGCCGUUAACUCUGGCAACGAGGGAAAAGAAAAGCCUCGACUGAAGGUAUAUGAGGAUUUGGAACCUGGAAAAGGCGAUCUUUCACUUUCCUCCGCGGCCAAGAUGAAGCCUAGGAAGUACGAUAUUGAAACGUUGCUGAGCAUCGGAAAAAACAUGGGUAAAACGGAUUUUCCAAAGCGCCUGAACUUGAGCAGCUUUUAUGGCAGUGGUCGGAAAUCACUGGGUUCUGGGUCUUAUGUAUUGCGGGAAAAACCAGUCAACCAUACCCGGACAUCAACUGAUAUGUCCAUGGACUCGGACGCAAGCUAUCACACAACGCAGUCAUCGUAUUUCCAAUUUCCAUGUCGCCAGCCGAAAAACGCGCCGGAGGGAAAUAUAGCUCAAACAAAUGAAGGGUUCGCUCGUUUCUUAAAGGAACAUGCUUCACCAAAACAUCACAGAGUCACUGCAGGUGGUCGCAUAGUUCCAAUGACAUUGCGUGCAAGUCCAACACCUGAGUUUAAGCCUGCAGUUAAGGGUGCAGAACCAGCAUGCAAUCAGAAUCUGUGCCAGAAUCCCGGAGUCUCUCAUUCCCCUAUGUCCGGCAAGGGAGACGAGUCAAAGGAGGAUACUGGAACUAUGAGACGACACCGUACUCGAACCAUGGCUGAACACACUACCAGAUCAGAGCAGGGAAGACGACGGGAUUCGGCAAUGAGCCAAGCAAGCAAGGGGAAUACAACAAAAACCACCCCUCGAUAUCAGACACCCGUGAUAAGUGCGCCUGUGACUAGCAACCCCACGACUCCAGGCCAGAUAGGUGGAAUAAAUUUCAUUCCGAAUUUAGUAAAUGUGGGAAUGGACGGAUUAUCGAUGCAACAGGGACAGACAGACCAAGGUGCAUUCCCAUUCCCCAGCCUUCAAACAUACUAUUCUCCAGCUGGCAUCGCCCAGACAGUGCCAGACCAAGCCCAUGGAGCUGCUCAAGCUCAGUUUAUCGGUCCCGCCUGCAAUAUUAUACCAUAUCCAACACCACCAGGAUUGGGAAUGAUAAACCUGGCACAGAUGUAUCAGCUACCAGGAGCCUUCAACUCUUUCAACGGGUAUAUGGCGCCGGGUCUAAAUGCAGCACAGACAGUUUCUCAGCCCAAUGAUUCUCGUGGUUUAAGCAACAUGCUGGAUAAUGCCAUCCUGGAAUUUGAAACAAUAUCUGCACAGCUGUCGAACCUGGACCGCUACAUGGCUGUGCACACAUGGGAUAUUGAUCCUUCUAGUAAGAAGAUCCUCGUUAUUCAGCGAAUGGAACUGGUUACCAAGCUUGACGCAGCUAGGGUUCUCAAGGAGAACAUUGAGGCGAUGUUGCGGUCCAGCAACGAUUCUGCAAUGCCAGUAAAGGCGCACCAAAAAUGCUCAAAUCCGGGUUCCCACGAUUUUAUCACAGCUCCACCGUGUACGCCGGUUAUGACACCCCAAGGAGGAUACUACAAUCCUGGAUUAACCAAUACUGGAGGGAGCUCGUUCAGCAUGAGUGAUGUCCAUGGGUUCAUGUCUCCUGUCCAGGCAACAGAGUCUCCUUACAUGUCACCAGAGUCAUACUGUGAUAAUGGAUUUUUGGCCAAUAUGCCGGCAUCUAGUGCCACCUCAAACAACUGGACAGUACCAGGGGUAAAUAACAUGGGUAUCCCGGAAAGACUCGCAGAUGAUGACGACGAGGAAGAUAUGAGAAUAAUCACCUCAGCAACUGGGCAGAAGAUUGGAGAGCCAACUCGCAAUGCCUGCGCACCACCUGAGCUGAGUGUGAUUUACCAGAAAAUUGAGCAGGCUGCGAAGCGCAACGAGCCCCUGGGGCCUCUUUUCCAGGAACUAGCCAAGGUUACAGCACAUAUAACUCGCUUAGGCACGAACAGAGGCCGCAACCCCGAGACAUUUGGUUCAGGUAGGAUCGGAGUACCACGGGGACGACCAAGCGCUCGACUGGAGAUCGUAGAUCCCAAGGCACGACAGGCUGCUGCUCCACAAACUCCCAAGCCAGAUCAAACGCCUGCCGCUACCACGGGGUCAUCAAAGGAGCCAGCGCAGUUCAAAAAGCUGAGCAAGCUGCAACAGAGUCCACUCUCGUUCUCGCCUUGCAAACAGCACUGUCGAAAACACGACUCAAAAAAAGUGGAGACUCUGACAAUGGAGCAAAAGGUCAACGCCCAUGGAUAUUUACCGCCAUUCGAUGGCGGCGGGGAUGCCCCCGGACGAGCCAGUCAGACGGAGCCCAACAAGAUCGAGGCUGCAAAGCCAGCAGCACCCAGCACCGAAAAUACAUGGAUGGACUUGCUCCGCACCAGACCAAAUGCUAAUCCGAUGGACGUGCGUCGAUUCUUCAAAUUGCUCCGUGACGAAGACUCUGCUGCCCUUGAUAAGUAUCGAAAAGAGGGUGACCGAAGAGCAUUUGGCUAG